CCCGCGACUCCUUCUUGGGGCGGGGAGAGGUGGCAUUUGAGUCCUCCGGUAUCCCAGCAGGCAGUGCAGCCCAGAGACGCUGACAAAGGAGCAGAGGAACAUUUGCUGCUGCUUUCCCAGGAGCCAGUGUUGCGGAGGUCUGGCUAUGUACGCAGUUCGGGCUGGCACCCAACUCACUGCCAUCCUCCUGCCUCAGCCUCCCAAGUGCUACGAUCACAGCUUUCAAAACAAACACAUUUUUCACACUAGACCAAAGUAGUUGUGAAAGAGUAUCUCCAGCCACUCAGUUUCUAUCUUAGAGGCAAACGUGAGUAUCCUUCCAAAGAUUUUUCCACAUACCCAAGAAAAUUGCCAAAAUGCUUUGGAGUUUUUAACUGAAUCUAGGAAAAGUCCACAGUAGAUUUGAAACUGUAAAAUAGAAGCUGCAGCAAGGGCGAUUCAGUGCCAAUGCAUCAACAAAAAAGACAACCAGAGUUAGUGGAAGGAAAUCUUCCUGUUUUUGUGUUUCCGACGGAGCUCAUAUUUUAUGCAGAUGAUCAGUCAACACAUAAGCAAGUGUUGACUCUGUACAAUCCCUAUGAGUUUGCCUUAAAGUUCAAAGUUUUGUGUACUACUCCAAAUAAGUAUGUUGUCGUUGAUGCUGCAGGUGCAGUAAAGCCUCAGUGUUGUGUGGAUAUUGUGAUUCGUCAUAGAGAUGUUCGAUCCUGUCACUAUGGUGUAAUAGACAAAUUCCGUCUCCAAGUUUCCGAACAAAGCCAGAGAAAGGCUUUAGGAAGGAAAGAGGUUGUUGCUACUCUUCUCCCAUCUGCAAAAGAACAACAAAAGGAAGAAGAGGAAAAAAGAAUAAAGGAACACUUAACUGAAAGUUUACUUUUUGAGCAGUCAUUUCAACCAGAAAGCAAAACUGUCUCCUCAGGACCUAGUUUACUAAUGGUCUUCCUGGGAGUGGUGUGCAUUGCAGCCCUGAUGCUGCCUACGCUGGGGGACAUGGAAUCACUGGUGCCUCUCUACCUCCACUUAAGUGUGAAUCAAAAAUUAGUGGCUGCUUAUAUCUUAGGUCUUAUCACAAUGGCUAUACUUAGAACAUGAGUGAGGAUUUCAACUGACUUCUGAAGUAAAUUUAUCUUAAAUAUGAAUGUGGACUGCCUUUCACUAUUUCACUCCAUUAUCAUGCUACACAUUAUUGAAUGAUUUCAAAUCAUUGUAAAUGUAUAAUAUAUAUUUUAAAUUACUCUAUAAUUUUAUUUGAAGGACUCUAGCACAUUAUGUUACAGUCAGCAAGGAUGCUUCUGAGUGACACUUAGGAAAUUAUUUGAUGAAAUUCUUUUUAUAUCUAUACCUAUGGUACAAAAAGAUUUUAAUUAAAGCAUUUGUUAUUUUCUCAUCUUUUUAAAAUUCACUUUAAUUGAUAAGGGUCAUGGGUCCUUCAAAGGUAAAGGCCUCAAAGAGCAAACUUUCCAGCCUGAAAAUCAAAUUACGUUUAUUUCCUAGCUGUGAACAUCAACAUAACUAUCUGAAUUAUACUUUGCCCUCUAUUGCCAUAAAGAGUUGCUAUGAUGUUUCUAAAAUAACAGUUUUGCAGUUAAUAUGUAGAGGGUUAAAAAGGGAUAAGGUACUAAGGGAUUGUGCUUAUCCUAGGGUCUCACAGAAAAUAGGACAUAUUUAAUUCAUUUUGUGAACUACAGAAUGGGUUUUGGUCCAGACACCAAGCAUAGGAAAUAGGUUGACCUCUCUAUUUGGUCUAAGAGUUCUAAAGGAAGGCUAGCAUUUGUUUAGUUAGUUAGGAGGGAAUAGCUGGAGUAGGGAGGCAGCAAAAAAUUGCAAAAACAUGGCUUUACCUCUGAUUAAUGCUGUAUGUUAAUGGGAGGAUCACUUUAUCUUUUCUCCCAAGCCCCUUCCCUGCCCGACUAUAAGUUACUUGUUCCAGUUGGGAUUAUCAGAUACCAGGUAGUUUGUGUGAGGAUGAUUUUUUCUUUCAAACUCUAAGCCAAGUAUAGGAAACCCUUGAUAACCUGUGUCUACUUUGUAUCUGUCACUGAGACACUUUUAAGUUUUUAUUUAUUAAAACAACUUUACCAAAAUAUCCCCUAAGCACAACUAUAUUUACAUGUCGUAGAGCCUCUUCUGAUCUCUAACGUAUAUAUAUAUGCAGUUUUAACUGUUAUUGUCAUAGCAACUGAUCAUUUGUUUUAGAAUUUUUAUCUGAAAGCACAAUGCAUUGAGUCUCUUGAAAGUCAUCUUUCAGAUCUUUUUACAGAAUGAAUUUAUGCACUGCUACUGUAGCAUUCUCAAGGAAUAUAUGUAAAUACAAAUGUAUGCCUGAAGUGGGUUUCUUGCAGGAAACAGUACUCUGCUUCUAAAAGUACUCUGCUUCUCUGCUUCUUUUGUGUCUAGUCUUUCAUAGAAAAUCAUUGUUUAACCAUUUGGGGAGCGUAAAUCAUUUAAGGAUCAUGUCUACGUUGUGUAAUGACGGAAAGAGCACAUCAAUGUAAUCUACUUUGAACUUUGUAAAAAAGAAAAGCUUAUAUUUGGAAAGCUCUCUUUUUUCUCUGUUUCUCAAGUCCUGUGUUGUGCAUGUGCAAGUGCACACAUGUAUGUGUGAUAGCUCAUUGUAAAAAACAAAUUACUUUAACAAAUAAAAGAAAAUGGAGACCUGA